GUAGUUGAGAAAACAAUUCUCCACUGUAACGAUAUAAAUACGCAUUCACCGUACAUUCAUUCGUUCGUUCGUUCGCUCGCUCGCCGUUUGCUUGCUUCAUCAAAAUACACGUGUAAAUUGAUCAUCAAUGCUUACCGAGAAAUGGACAUGUUUAACGAAGUUAGGAGUGACUCGAUAAGUAUUGUAAGAUCCAAUGGAUUUUCAAGAUCUUUAAAACAAAAAAAACUAAAAAGGAAGGCUGAACGGAUGACAUAAGACACUUUAACGAUUCGAGAAACGGCGGGCGCACGCUUUGGUCGCGUCGCGUUUGCCCGCGUGUUGCACCGCAUCGGCGAACAAACUUUUGUGAUUUUUAUUUUAUUUUGUAAGUAGUAAAAGGGAUAGCGAAACACAGGAAUAUCCAAGUCCGAGUCUGAUCGGAUCAGGUCCGGUUCCGUCAUCCAUCCAGCUGUAUCACUUCGCCCUGCACGCGCCCGCGCGCGCAAUACAUACACGUGACAAUUUGUAGAUAGGUACGUACAUACAGCUUUGCUAAAUGUUUUCUGGUGAUCGGUAUCUAGCCAACAAAAUGUAGCAGAAACGUUUAUAAUAAAAUGGUGACACACGUUGUUUCCCAAUUAAGAUUCCUUUCGAAAUUGUACACGCGUAAUGGAAAGAGACUAAGUCAAAACGCACCAACUACCAGUUUACGUAUAUAUUUUAUUUUCAUUUUUAUUUGUACGUUCGCAUUUUAGUUGCGAAUAACAAGACCCGUACUUCAACGAUAUUUUAAUUGAUGAAUCUCGAACGAACGCGCCAUUUUUAUAAAAUCUCGUUCAAAUAAUGUAACAUUACCGCUUAGUCAAAUAUGAAAUUAUUAAACUUCGUUUCCACAUGAAUAUUCUUCCCGUAUUCGUCUAUAAAAAACACGUUAUUAUUCGAACGAUAAUAAUACUUUCCAUCUAUUUCAUUCUGAAUAUAAAUAUGUAUUCUCUAGCGUUUUCUUAUACGUAUGAUCAGGGUACGCUUCGUGAAUGGCAAAAUGCAUUCCCUGUUCGAAUUAUCUGGAAUCUAAGAUAAUUUGUAAUCGCAAACGAAUAAUCGCAUUACAACCUCAUGUUCAUGGUUACUUUGUCAGGAUUCUCUAGUCCGUUCGCAUUAUAAAUUCGGUGUAGACAAGCGUAAACACAAUGGCGUGCCGCGCUUCUGGUUUCGUUAUAUUUCGUCGUAUGCAAGGAGCGAUAGAAUACCUUUUAAUGCAAGUUUCUUAUGGCGAACAUCAUUGGACACCGCCAAAAGGUCAUGUUGAUCCCGGUGAAUCAGAUAUGGAAACCGCACUGCGUGAAACGGAAGAGGAAGCUGGUUUCAUAGCCAGCGAUUUAAAGAUUUUCAAUGAUGCAAAACAAGAAUUAAAAUACGAGGUAAAGGGAAAACCGAAAAUUGUCGUUUAUUGGCUAGCAGAGCUAUUAAAUCCCGACAAACCUGUUCGAUUAUCCCAUGAACAUCAAGCUUUUAAGUGGCUUCCGCUCGAGGAAGCUUGCUCCGUGGCAAAAUACGAAGAUAUGCAGAAAAUGUUAAUGUAUUUCAACGACUAUAUACUUAAAAAUCUGUCCUAAUAUAGUGUUUUAUAAAUGUAUAUAAGUACGUACAACUUUAUAUAUCAAAAUUCAUAUGUACGUAUUAUAAUAAUAAUUAUCCAACUGUACACUAAUAUAUUUCAAUGAAAUUAUUACCUUUCAAAACGAUGCAAAAUUCGCUGAAACGUGUAGGUAUCGUUAAAUUUUCUUUAAAGUCGAAGGAAACUUCUUAUCAAUGUAAAAACAAACUUUGGUGGCUGUUCGAUUAACCGACCUGCAUUCGCGACAGUUAUCGAACUUCGUAAUCUAAAACGCAUUAUUCUGCGCUCUUGUAAAGCCAAAAUAUAACCUCGUUAUUUCGAUUGAAACUUCUUACGAAUAUUUGAAAUCAUGAUUGAUUCGUUACAAAAACUGUUUUCGUUCUUAAAAUAUUGGUACUUCAGGUACAUGCUCGUUACGGAAUUAUACAUGGUUGAAAAAUGGGAAAGAAACUUCAUCAAUAUAUUCCUUGUUGUGCUGUUUGUUUCCUUCUUCUUAUUCAAUUUCAAGAUAUUAUUGCCAGUUAUACAAUAUACCUUGCUUUCAAAAGAAGCAUAGUCUUGAUUAAUUAAAUGUACCAUGAAGAAAACAGCACAAAUUUGUGCCUUAAGUAACAGGAAAAGUUUCUAAUGAAUAAUUGGUAUCAUAAGUUAAACCUGUAACAUUCCAAUGUACAGUUCCAUUAAUUUAUCAUUUAUUUUAAUUUUUAAUUUAAUUAUUAAACUAGUAUUUUUUCAAAAUUGUACACAAUAUAAUUAAAUGUUAAAAGUAACAAACAUCUUACUUUAAUUUCCAUUAAAAAAAUGAUUAAGCAUGUAUGUUAUGACCAAUUCUUAUACUUUAAAUAUAACAAUAUGUAUAUACUGUUAAAUAAGAAACUAAUUUUUUCAAUACUUAAGAACACACUUCCUACUAAGGUGGAAAAUAAUUGCAUACACAUAAAAAAUUUCUUUUUCUUUUUAUUUAAUAAUGAUAAACACGAACACUGAUAGUUUUCAAUAUGAAUCAUGUUUCAUGUAAUAAGUAGGCACAAAGAGAGUGAUACAAAUCAGAUUUCCUAAAAAACCUUAAUUCAUCGAAUGUACUCGAAAAUAGAGUAUUAGAAAUUUUAACAUUUUCAAUUUCUUCUAAGCACAAAGAUAUAAACUAACUUAUAGUUUCAAACGAAUAUCAAUCAAAAUUAAAUUACGAAAAACUUAGUAAGAAAAAAUUUAACUACUAAAAUAUAUAAAACUUAUAAUACGUCGUGUGUUUCAAGCUGCUGUUAUAAGGUAUUUACAUGUUAUUGUGUUUAACUCAAUGCACUUGUAUGUUUGUGAUGUAAAUAGUAAGACAUGAUGAUAAAGUGAAAAUGUUAACUACUGUUUCAAUUAUAUGUACUUGGGUUCUUUCCUUUUAUGUGGAAUAUGUAAGAUUUACUUGCUAGUAUUGCGAUUUCUUUGUUGAAUGAAAUAUUUCAAAAAAUUUCGAUCUUCAACAUUGUAAUACUGCGCAUACGAAAGUAGUGGGCCCACAUCAUCACUUAUUCUUACAAUCUUUUAAAUUAAUCGUUACGUUUGAAAUUAUCGAUACUUAUUAUAGGAAUGUAAAUAUAAUCGCAAGGCUGUAACAAUUCCUUAAAAGGAAAUUUAAAAACGAGAAAAAUAAAGGACGGAUACCAUUAGAAAAGAAAAUAUUAUUUCUUAAAUUUUGCAACGCUUACGAAAAAUUGAUACAUUUAUUUAUAUAAGUAUCGAUACUCCGUAUACUGAUGUUAGUCCCGCUACUGUACAUAUGCCAUAUAUGUAUGACUGCAGUAAAGUAAUAGACACGAAUGCAAGAUCAAUAAAAUAAUGUCGACUCUAUUGAAUAUGAAUACAGAGAUUCAUAUUAAAGGUAAAUAUGAUAUGGA